AUGCAACUUGAAGCUAAUAUUACCCUACAGCAAUGUCCGCAUUCGGCUUUCCCGCUUUCCCAGGGCAGUCUUUUUGAUAUUGAGGACUUCGGUAUCACGCUCAGCUCAGGAAUCACAUGCCCUAAACAUGGAUGGUCCUUUGAUUUGUUCUCCGGGCAGGGAGACCGCGGCAACUAUAAGCUCAAGGUGUGGGAGCUUGAACUGCGAGAUGUUCGAAUUGAUGGGAACGACGAACAGGAGCGACUGGCAACCAGCACAAUGCCUUCAAUACAGCUUCAUCCUCGUCAAUCGGAAUCCCCAGUAACUCGUACCUCAUCACACGCGCCAACAAACCCUCUCCCGCAGCUCCUCCAAACCCCUACAGGCCUCGCCCUUCUCGAGCUCCAAGGCACCAUCAACCUCCCCGAGCAUGAGCAAGACGACUCUGCGAAUGAACCUCCUACAACAGCCACCUCGUACGAGACACCAGUCGGCAAGCUGAUGUUCCCAGAUUACUCUGCAAAUAAUCCGGACGACACCAAAUGGAUGAAGCGCGCGUACCUCUACGUUGGACGCUACCAGCGUAUGACCGGCGAGGUGAAGAAGCUCCCGCGCCCUAUCGCAGUGCUGCAGAAGCGGCCGUCUUCAGCGCAAGAUACGGAAGAAUUAGAGGUCGUGGAGAUUGUGCGGUACAAGGUGUUCUUCAAGAAUCGACCGGAGCCGGUUAACGAUGUCUGA